UGCCCUUCGAUGGUCCGAAGCCAAGCUCUUGCAACUUUGCACUGUGUCUGGAUUGCCAUUCAUGUUUUCUGAAUGAAAUUUCAACAGAUUGAGACGUUGGAAAAGGAAAAUCAGGAGUUGGAAUUUAUUGUGGAUAUGUAUGGGAAAGAAUGUUCUGAGUCGAGGACAAUUACAGAGAUCAAGGAAUCAGAAAAUCAAGCUCGCAAGCAGGCUGAAUAUUUGAGAACUAGUCUAGAAGAGCAUAGUCUUGAGCUUCGUGUAAAAGCAGCAAAUGAAGCCGAAACUGCAUGCCAGCGAAGGCUUUGCAUUGCUGAAGCAGAACUGGAAGAGUUAAGGACUGAUGUAGAUGCAUCUGAAAGAGAUGUUCUGGAACUCAAGGAGGCAAUAAGAAUUAAAGAAGCGGAAGGAGAUGCUUAUAUCUCUGAAAUUGAGACAAUUGCUCAAGCAUAUGAAGACAUGCAGACACAAAACCAGCAUCUUCUUCAACAGGUUGCCGACAGAGAUGAUUUUAACAUAAAGCUAGUAUCAGACAGCGUGAAGACAAAGCAAGCCUCUGCUUCCCUUCUCUCUGAAAAGCAUUUUUUACAGAAGCAACUCCGUCAGGUUAACAGUUCACUGGAGUCAUCUAAACAAAAACUCGCCCGUGGUGAAGAGCAGAUGAAAGCCUAUGUCGCACAAGCUAUAAAAACUUCUUCAGAGAAUAGGCAUCAUGCAGUUACCAUUGAAAAGACUCUGCUGGAGGUAUCUGAAGCAGAGAAGGAGCUCAAGUGGCUUCGGUCCGCUGUUGGAUCUUCUGAGAAAGAAUAUGAGCAAAACCAGAAAAAAAUAGCUGAGCUCAGAACGGAGUUGGAGCGUGAGAGAAGCGAGAAGAGAAAGCUCGAGGAAGAAUACGAGGAGGUGAAGAAUGAGGUCAUGGAGCUGACCUCCGAGAACGAAGAAGCUACUAUCCAGAAGCUCCAGGACGAGAUAAAAGACUGCAAGGCUAUUCUCAAGUGUGGCGUGUGCUUUGACCGGCCCAAAGAGUUGUUGUGCGCCAAAUGCUUCCAUCUGUUCUGCUCAACAUGUAUCCAGAGGAACCUCGAGCUACGCCACCGGAAGUGCCCGGGCUGCGGCACCCCUUUUGGGCAAAACGAUGUGCGAGAGGUGAAGAUCUGAAGUCAGCUGGGUUGG